UGUGUUUGUGUUUUUUAUUUUUGGCAACACCAACCAGUCUUUUCCUUCUGUCAAAAAGUCGAAUUCCUUGUGAAUCUUAUUAGUGAUUUUUCUGUAAAUACAAGGAAUUCCUAGUCACCAUAAAAACCAACAGAACAGACAAAAUGCCUGAGCUCACCGAACUCGACAAAGCCACCGCAUCCAUGACAGAGAAACGCAAGGAGGAGACCGCUUCCUCGGACAGCGACUCCGAUGACACUAUUCCAGAACUCGAGGAUGCUGGCGGUCCAGGCACAGGUGGCAUCUCUAACCCGAUAGCGGGUAUCGACAUCGUCUCCAAAGCCAAACAGUCGCGCGGUGAGAAGAAAGCGCGCAAAAUCAUGAGCAAACUCGGACUUAAGCCAGUGCAAGGCGUGAACCGAGUCACAAUAAGGAAGUCCAAGAACAUCCUGUUCGUGAUCAAUUCUCCUGACGUAUACAAGAAUCCCCACUCGGACACUUACAUUGUCUUCGGAGAGGCCAAGAUUGAGGAUCUGUCGCAGCAGGCCACCAUGGCAGCCGCGGAGAGGUUCAAGGCACCGGAGAGCGCCGCAGCGGGCAACGAUGCCGCUGCUACCGGCACGACCGUCGCGCCCAUUGCCGAGGAAGAAGACGAGGAAGGCGUGGACGAGUCCGGAGUGGAUGAGAAGGACGUUGAGAUUGUAAUGUCCCAAGCGAAUGUCUCCCGAGCAAGGGCUGUACGGGCUCUCAGGAACAACCACUCGGACAUCGUCAACGCCAUCAUGGAGCUGACGAUGUAAGCAGUCACAAGUAUAGCUUUAAGUUCGCGUUAAAGAGACUAAUGUCUACAUCUCCUGCGCCUGGUGUACGGAGUGUAUAUAGAAUUAUUUACUUCAUUACAUUACAUUAAUUGUCA